CAAUAUCCUCAAGCCCUCUACCAUUCCCCCGCCGAGUUCAUCCUCUUCCCUUUCCGGCUUUCAAUCUUUGCCUCUGUCUCUCUCUCUAGAUCUCUCAUUUCUGGCCUGCCCAUUACCGUAUUAGUUGUGCAGAUCUCUGAGUUUCGGCCAAAGAAUUCACAGAUCUGCGUCACUUUGGUGUGCUGCAUUUAGUAAGAAGAUCAGGAAGGAAUGGACAGGGUGGUGAAGCUUGCAAAAGAGAGUGCAGUGGUCAUCUUCAGCCAGAGCUCGUGCUGCAUGUGCCAUGCCAUCAAGAGGUUCUUCUGUGACCUCGGCGUGCACCCGGUUGUGCACGAGCUCGAUCAGGACCCCAGAGGCAAGGAGAUGGAGAAAGCCCUGGCGCGACUGAUCGGCCGGGGCCCGGCGAUUCCAGCCGUCUUCAUCGGCGGCAAGCUGGUGGGGCCGACGGACAAAGUCAUGGCUCACCACCUUAAUGGCACCCUGGUUCCUCAGCUCAAGGAAGCUGGGGCACUGUGGCUCUGAGUUUCGGCAAACUUUUAGCAGAUAGAAUAACCAGCCUUGGAGACCACAAAAUAAAUCCGGCUUCUUCUUUUUCCUUUUGCAAUCUUAGAGAGAGAAGAGGUGCUUUGAAAGGCCAUGGAGUUUUUAGUUUGUAUGGUCUCGUUUGUGGCUCUACUUUUUUGCAGUGCUUGAUAGUAUCAGUCAAAAUUUUCUCCUUUUUUUCUUCCCGUCUUUGUUGAGGAACA